AUGAUAGAAACUGGAAGUUUUCUGGAUAGCAUCGUAAUUAGAGAAUAUCAAACAAAGGAUAAGCAUUGGUUAUCGAAAAUAUAUUACUCAAUUAGAAGAAGUAUGACACAAAAUGGAUUUAUUUGGGUUGCAGAAGAUCAAUCGAACCAGACAGUAGUCGGUGGUAUCUGUGUAUCUGAGAAACUUUUGAAAAUCAAUGGAAAAGAAAGAAUAUUUUUCUAUCCUUUCGAUGCAUGUGUCGAUCCAAAGUACAGAGCUUGCAAAGUAUUAAAGAGACUAUCCGAUAGAGCCACCGAUGUAUAUAUGCAACACAGUGAAAUGGGUCCUAUCAUUUACACCUCUACCGCUUGUACCAAUGGUGCAAUGGGUACUUUUUAUAAAGAUUCAGUCAUGCAAACUAUGGCUCAACAAGUACAACAUGCCUGGCAUGUAAAAAAUCCAGUAACAAACAUUAACUAUCCAAACGACAAGAGAAUUAGAAUAUGGAAAGAGCGAAACCCUGAUAUUGUCAAAGCAAAAUUCUCGAUUGCUUUUCAAAACUAUGAAAUGGUACCAGUAGAUUUUGAUGAUUUAAUUUUAAAUAGAUUUUGGAAAUAUUCAUAUUUUGCUCAAUACAAGGUAAACGAUACACUUUAUGAAGCAUCAAUUAGUAUUUGGGAUCAAAAUAAAGUUUGUAAAUUGAUAAACUUGGCACAACCCAACUCUAAAAGACAACAAAAAAACGAUGAAUCAUUUAGCCGACUUAGUGGAAAUUUCUUCCAACUAUUUGGUUGUUAUUCAACCGAAAAAGAUAAUGAUUAUUUAUUCACCGAACUUUUGAAAUAUGUUCACAAUGAUUGUUUUGAGAUGGGUAUUGAAUAUUUAUUUGCUGGAUUUGCCAAAACUGACCCAGCAGAGAAAUAUUUCCCAUUAUUACCGGGAUUGAAGAGUCUAAAAUUUCAACUUAUGUUUUGCAUUGGUUCUGAAGAAGAGAAGAAACUUUUGGAAAUUAAAAAUCGUCCGUUCUUCCAAGAUCCAAGAGACUAUGGAAUUCUCUUGUUGUAUCAAGAUGAACCAAUCGCAAUAGGAAACAAUCCAAACGAUACACAAUCAUUGAUUGCCAAACUUUAA